GUAAACAAUAUAAUUAUAACUUUUACGAAUAUUUAAGGCCAUGGUUUCAGGUUCGGAUGUAAUAGCUCAAACACUUGAGCGCCUUGAAGUUGAUACAGUAUUUGGAAUUGUGGGGAUUCCAGUAGUGGAUGUUGCUAAUGCAUUGAUUGCUAGAGGCAUUCGUUUUAUUGCAUUCAGAAACGAACAAGCAGCUUCAUACGCGGCUUCGAUGUAUGGGUAUCUUAAGAAAAAGCCAGGUGUGCUCCUUGUGGUGGGAGGACCAGGUGUAGUACACGCCACCCCAGGUAUAUUUAAUGCAAACUCAAAUGCAUGGCCGUUACUUGUUCUCGCAGGUUCGAGUUCUUUCACAGAGAAUCACAAGGGUGGAUUCCAAGAAUUGGAUCAAGUUUCCUAUUUAUCUUCAGAAACAAAAUUUUCUUCAAGACCUUUUGGAAUCACUCAAGUUCCUCGUUUGAUUGAACAAGCUUAUAGAACUAGUUUUUUCGGGAAACCGGGAACCACAUAUGUAGAUCUUCCUGCAAAUAUCAUUCAAGAUGAAACAGAUGUUAAUUUACCACAAUUAUUGACCACUAUUGGCCCCAUACAUGAAGCUCCUAAGUCACAAGCCGACCCAUCGAAGGUGAUAGCUGCAGCAGAAAUAAUCUCCCGGGCAAAAUCUCCUCUUGUGAUUAUCGGUAAGGGAGCAGCCUAUGGCGAUGCAUCAGAAAGCUUAAAAGAAUUGGUUUACACCAACAAACUAGGAUUUUUACCAACUCCAAUGGGCAAGGGUGUACUUCCAGAUGAGCAUGAUCUUAAUUUAUCCUCAUGUAGAUCCUUAGCACUUGCAUCUACAGAUGUCGUAAUCCUUUGCGGGGCAAGACUUAAUUGGAUCCUUCAUUCAGGAGAACGAUUUGGCGAAGGGACGAAAAUCAUUAGUAUUAAUAAUCAAGCCGAGGAAAUAGGUUACAACAGUUCUCAUUCUACCAAAUACGGACUUUAUGGAGACUUAGAUUUGGUGGUGAAACAACUUACUCAUGAAUUAAAGAGUAGAAAUUAUAAGCCUGUUCCAAUUUUGACUACAUUGAUUAAUAAGAAGCAUGACAAUACGAAAAGAGCAUCAAUUAAAGUGGACAGAGUAACUCCAAGGGGAGAACUUCUUUCCUACCAUAGAGUUUACAAGAUUAUUCGAGAUGCUAUCAUUGCUUCCCCUUUCCCAGAAAAGGACACUACCAUUGUUUCUGAAGGAGCUAAUACAAUGGAUAUAUCCAGAACUUCAUUCCCAUUGAAUUAUCCACUGAAAAGAUUGGAUGCUGGAACCAAUGCAACCAUGGGAGUUGGGUUACCAUAUGCAAUUGCAGCCAAAGUAGCCAAUCCAAAUGAAUUAGUCGUAGCUCUUGAAGGUGAUUCUGCCUUUGGUUUCACUGGUAUGGAAUUAGAAACUAUUGCAAGGAACAAAUUAGGAAUGAUCAUUGUUGUGAUGAAUAAUAGUGGGAUUUAUCACGGAUCUGACCCUUCAUUAUAUGAUCAAGAAAAUUCCACCCCGCUCCCAUCCACAGCAUUAUCUCAAAACACUAGAUAUGACCUUGUUGCACAGGGAUUGGGAAUCAAUGGUGUAUUGGUGAAGGAUGAACUGGAAUUAUCGGACGCCAUAAAUGGAGCGUUAUGUUCACUCAAAAAUAAGAAUGAAUCAACUUUGAUCAAUGUAUUGAUUGAUUUGGGAUUGAAAACAAAAUUGUCAUUUGGAUGGCAGAACAAGAAGAGUAAAUUGUAAGUUUUUAGAGUAGAAUAUAAUUUCAUACGUAUUCACAUAUUUAUAUAUAAACAUAAAUUAUAAAC